CAAACAGGUUUGGGUAUGACCGAAUUCUCUGACCGUCCAAUGUCUGUUCCUAAAGGAGCAAAGCUUCUUCAUCACCUGCCUGAAGCUUCUUUAGUAACGGAGUACCUCGAGAACUAUUGCGACAACCAUGUCUAUGAUGGGACGUCUUUGCGGGAACGUAUUACUUUCAAUUGCGAGGUCCGAGCUAUAAGAAAAGUUGAGAAUGUAUGGCAUAUACGUGCCGUUACUGGCAGUGAGGAGAACAUAUACCGCACUUCGAAAUUGGUCAUGGCAUCAGGUCUUUACACAUUACCGAACAUGCCCGAGCUGCCGAACAUUGAGGUUUUCCUGGGCAAAAUUGUCCAUCAAAUCGAUUUUGGACGAUCAAAAGUCCUAGAGGACCCGAACGUCAAAAAUGUAGUAGUCCUGGGAGGCGCCAAGUCAGCUGGUGAUAUUGCCUAUGCAAGUGUCAAGGCUGGAAAAUCAGUAUCUUGGGUGCUACGUGAAAAUGGAUCAGGUGCUGCCACUUUUACUCAGCCGAAAGGCAAGCUGUGGUAUAAGAAUACUCCGGAGAUUGCAACAACUCGCUUGACAAGCCUGUUUACACCGUCAAUCUACACUCCACAGAAUUUCAUAUUUAAGUUAUGUCAUAGCACAGCAAGAGGACGGUCUCUGAUGAAGACCCUUUUCGUCUCAGCAGAUCGGGACAUUCUCGCACUGGGCAACUUUCGCAACAGAGUAGGUGCGCGACCUGGUUUUGAAAAGCUUGAAUGCACACCGAAUUUAUUUUGGUUAAACGGUUUUGUGGGCAUGGUGCAGCAACAUGACUUCUGGCAAACAAUCGCCGAGAAUGUCGAUGUGCACAGAAGCGAUAUAGCAAACGUCAAUUCAGACCGUAUUGAGCUCCGAGAUGGAACGUCUAUUGUUGCUGAUGCUAUCCUGUGCGGCACCGGAUUUAGUCGAUCUUUCGCUCUAUUCGAAAGCCCUUCCGCAAUGGAUCUUGGUUUACCAGUGCCUCUGAAGUCUGCGACGAAGGCAACUGUUGAAUGGGAAAAGUUCGAAAAGGAGGCGGAUGAAGCGAUUGUUCAGACCUUCCCCGAGCUUGCCAAUCCUCCUCCAUGCCGUCCAAGUCCAGCUACUGCAUACAGACUUUACAACUUGAUAGCGCCACUCGACGACGACUCUGUGGUGUUUUUGGGAUAUCUCGGUGUCCUUAACGCUUUCUAUACUGCCGAAUGUCAGUCUGUAUGGGCAACAGCAUACCUCGAUAAGAAGAUAUCUCUGCCCAGCCGUGAAGAGCGUAUUAAAGACAUUGCAAAGAUGAACGCGUUUUCAAAGCGACGAUAUCCUUUCCUUGGCCAAGAUGGUGCUGCUAUCAAUUAUGAUAUGGUAGGAUACUGUGAUCGGUUGUUGAAGCAAGUGGGGCUCAGCAGUCACUUGAAGACCAGUUGGUGGAAGUAUUGGUUUGGAGUUAACAAUGCCUCGACAUUGACUGGUAUCAAGGACGAAUACCUGGGAUUGUUUGGAGAUAAAGUUGGAACGUCUCGGUCGGCUGGUUAA